AUGAAAGGCAGCUCCAGUUGGGAAUCGAAGGUAAAAACAACAGAAGUUCCAGUUGUUGGAACAGAAGAGAAAACAGAUGAUGAAGUAGAGAUCACUGGAUUCAGAGCUGCUAGUCCAAAACCUGCUCAACAAGAUAUUCCUGGUUCAUCACGUCAGAGAGAAGAAGAUUUCAACUUCAAUUUUGAUUAUCUUGGUCCUGCUACUGGCGUUUUCUCUGAAGACAUGCCUGAAGGUGAAAGUGACAUGUUUAAUGAUCAAGCGGUUAAAGAAUUGAUUAAGAAGGUUAAAGAACUGGAGAAAGAAAAAGCAACAACUGAAAUGGAGCGCAAUUUUAUGAGAAGUCAAAUUGAUGAUUUGAUGGAAGCUCACAAUAAAGUUGUUGCAGCAUUGGUCGAAAAGGAGAAAAGAAUGAACGAGAUGAAGGAUGAUGUCGAGGUUAAUUCUAAAGUAUUUGAUACAUUAACACAAGAGAUAUCUUCCUUGAAUGCCAAGAUAAAAGACCUAGAGAAUGUGAAUCAAACAUUAAAUCAGCUUCUCAAUGAAAUGAGUGAAGCUUCUUCUAAUGAAAUGAAGGCAAUGAAGUUGGAAAUGGAGGCUAUGAAAGCUGAUAAAGUGAUGAAAGAUCAACAACUUCAGAUGCUGGUUGCUAUAGUUGAAAGUCAUUUGAAGAUGAACAUUCAUGCUGCUUUUGAUGAAAUUGAUGUGAUAAGAGCUAACGAAAGAAGAAUGGAGCGUGAACGUCAAAUGGCUGAAGAAGCCAAUCUAAGAAACAAAGGAGUAGUUGAAGAGGUUGAGGUAGUUGGUGCAUCUUUGAGUCAACCUGAUAUUGAAAUGAUUGAAGAGGUUGAGGUUCAAGAACAAGAAGUUGCUGAAAAUGAUCAAGAGAUGGUUGAAGCUGGAGUUGAGGAGCCUCAUGAACCAGAAUACUUGAUUGUUGGUGAGCCUAUGGAGCCUAUUAUUGCUGAAAAUGUUCUUCGAAGAGUUGAAAUUAUCCAAAGAAGAAGAAGAGCAAGGGAAGUACUACUGCUGGAGUAUACAACUGAGAAAUUUGUGUUGGUUGGCGAUGCUUAUCCUGUGCCAUAUAAUGGAAAAGAAGUGGCAAAACUAACAAGAUUCUUUGAUCUAAAGAGAAAAGGAAGGAUAGCUCGUGGAGAGAUCGUAGAUGAAGAGUCAGACAUAGAAAUGUUUGGUGAUGAAGAUGAAGAAGAUGAAGAUGAUUCUAAUGACAAAAAUGAUAAAGCUGAUGACAAAUCUGAUAAAGAUGACAAAGGCGAUGACGACAAUGAUCAAGGUGCUUCGGGUUUAUUAAUCAGAAAUCCAAAUGUUCAAGAAAGAGUGGAUGAGUUGAUGAACAAUGAACUAAAUGAGCAGGAGGAUGAAGUUGAAUAUGAAGCAUCGUCGUCUAGAAAACAACCUGUUGAUCAGGUACUUCUUUCUACCCUACUGUCAUUUACUUAUCUGGUAAACAACAAGGAGAAGUAG